CAUAAUUAUUAUUCUAUUGUUCUAGAUUAAGAACAUUGGAUCAGUGCGCGGCGUGGCAGGCGCUAUCCGGCAUGAGAUCGAGCGACAAAAGACGAUCCUGGACAACGGGGGUCACAUUAUUAACGAGACCCGAGCGUGGGACGCGACCGAACGAGUCACCAUACCUAUGAGAGACAAGGAGGUCGUGCAGGAUUAUAGGUACAUGCCGGAACCGAAUCUGCCACCGUUACGUGUCAACUUGAAGACCGACAUAGAGCACAGAGACGUACUAAGCGUACCUCUAAUACAGGACAAGAUACCAGAACUUCCAGAACAAUCCAGAAAGAAACUCAUCGAAGACUUUGGACUCCGACCAGAAACAUCAAUCCAACUAGUCAAUGAACCAACACUACUAGACUAUUUCCAAAAUUUAACUUCAGACAAAACCAGGAAUCCAAAUAAAGUAGCAAACUUUUUAAUCAAUGAUCUUUUGACCGUACUUAAUAAAAGGAAGCUAAGUGCAGAUGAUUGUCCCCUUACUGUUAAGCAACUGAAAGAACUGACUGACAUGCUUUUGAGUAAAGACAUUAAUUUAGAAAUUUGUAGAAACGUUCUAGAUGAACUGAUCGUUAUAUCUGAUGAUGAUGUAUCUCCUUUAGAUGUAGUCGAAGAAAAGGGAUGGAAACUUCAAUCCAAUGAGGACGAACUAACAAAACUUUGUAUUGAAGUCUUAGAAAAUAAUCCUAAGUUGGUGAAACAAUAUAAAAGUGGUAAAACCAAAGUAUUUAAAGCACUUUUAGGAAUAUUAUCUAAGAGCAACAAUAAAGUUGAUAUGUCUGUAGCGUCUAAGAUUAUGGAAGGGUUAUUGAAGAAGUGAAAAUAAAUUUUAAAUAAUA